AUGAUCUGGCUACUAACAUUUGUUAAAUUGUUGGCAGCGGAUUCGAUUAUUUUGAGCAACGAUUGCACGACAUUGGCACAAACGGCGAAUUGUCGAAUCGAACUUGAGACACUGAAAGGAAUACCGGGAGCUGAUUGUCCCUUGUUUUCCACUGUAGACAGAUCAUGUUCGGUGUACGGCUCUGCGCCAGAAACCUCCACCACUUCACCCAAUCCUGGACAGGAGACAGAUCACUCGGUGAGUGAAAACGGAGAAGUGACCAUCGUCACCUUCAACGCCUCUAACGCAAACGGAUCAACGAGUCUUCAUGGUGAGACGAUUUGGAGUCGCCCGCCGCCUGGCUCUAUUGAGAUUAAAAGUGUUGCCAAAUCAAGUCUUCCUGAUGUGGGCAAUCUCCCGAAAGUCGUCUGUCUUUGCACACCAAGCGGAAUUGAUCUUGAAGCCAAGCCUCCAACUAAUCAGAACUUGGCAGCAGUUCUGCUCUCCGGUGAUGGGAACGAUGGCUCACAAGCACGAUUGAAACGAGAUCAAAAAGAACCGGAUUCAGAAGAUGAUGAGCAAAUAGGAAAACAUUUGACAAAAAUUGCUGAAGAAGCAUCACAGAACAUCCAAAUAGAAUUAGAUAAAAUGGAGGAAAAACCGAGAACGAAGAGAGAUGGCCCGUCCAGUGACAGUCCUUUUACAACCAAUAAUCUUUAUGAAGACGACAUUCCGUCGAUGCUUUGCCUACGACGCCGAAAAUGGCUGAAAAUUCGAGAACUACGAGAACGAGAACAACGUGGUCAACUUCCAGUGGUCAACUUUUUACGGAAACUU